UACAUCCGGGUGAUUCCAGUGACCUUGGGUUGGUUGUGAGAAUCAUGGCGGCUCUUGUCAGGAUAAGUUCUGUUUGCCACAGAGGUGUCAGCCCUCUGUUAUUUCGCUCUUCCUCCCUCAUCAGACCUUUGGCCGUACAGAAGAAGGAUCGUGAUUGUCCAUACUCGAUAUCAGCAAAGAUCCAUGCAACUCCAUCCAACUAUGCGGGCUCUGGGUCCAAAGCCGCUUCUCUGCACUGGACAGGAGAGCGGAUCCUGAGCAUAGUUCUUCUGGGUUUGGCACCCGUUGCAUACUAUUACCCCGGCCCUGCUGUUGACUACACUUUAGCAGCUGCACUUACUCUACAUGGUCACUGGGGUCUUGGCCAGGUUUUGACAGAUUACGUUCACGGAGACUUUAAAAUCAAGAUGGCUAAUGCUGGCCUCUUCCUUCUGUCGACCGUCACCUUCGCUGGCCUGUGCUACUUCAACUACCAUGACGUGGGGAUUUGUAAAGCUGUGGCCCUCUUGUGGAGUAAAUAACUGGACUGAGAUGGAGGAUGGGAUCGCUUUCGGCAUCAGCGUUCCAGUUUAUUGUAUACAGUGACAUUAUAUGUCAAUUCUAUAAAUAUAUAAUUUUUGACAACAUUGUGUCGAUUUGCAAGCGUUUUUAAUUGUUAAAUGUUGUCAGUUUGUUCAGAACAUGCUUAGCUUCUGCUUAAGAUGGAAACCUCUGCAUGUCAUCCACUCUCUUGUCUGGUAAAUCAAGUGUUUCUGAUGCAGCAAAAGGAACUAAUUGUUGUGGCUACAACUUACAAGAUGCUGGUCACUGUAUUUGAACUUGAAAAAUCAAUACGCUAAAAUUUUUACAGGAAAAUUAUCAGGUAAUAAAUGUUUUGACCGUAUUUAUUGCAUAAUGUCUUUUUGUCAGCCAUUGUGUUAAAACAAUAUCUUGACUUAAGUUGGUUGUGUCAUAUGCAGAAUUAACUGUACACAGGUAUUUGAACAUGCACCUUGAUAGUCCUCCAUUAAUGACCACAACGUCUGGAGAAUUCAAGUCACAUUGACAGUAAAUUGGCUUUACACUUUGCAUGGCUAUAUUUCUGCUCAAGUAAGUAAUUGUUUAUGAAAGGCAAUUUGUAAUUGGAUGUGCUUUGCAUUUAAAGCAAUUUAUUUACGUCUUUCAUUUUAAAUUACUUGUAUUUAAAACAGGUAUAUCCCAGCUUGUGUGUGUAAUGAUGUAAAUUGAAUCUAAAUGACAAAAUAUGAGUUGUGGAUCUAAGGGUUUCUAGAGAUAUUUUUCCUGAAUGACUUUGAUCGGAAUACAUUUUAGACAGAUUUUGAAAGUCCUGUUAUCAUGAUCUUAUACAUGUCUGAAAAUGACAUGAUAGAGUCUGGUUGCACUUUUGUCUGUUUAAAGUGCUAUGGAGAUUUGUGUAAUCUGUAUGAUUAGAUUUCUAUGCAGAUUGAAGCUUUGGGUUCAAUUAUGCACUUAAGAAUAAAGGCUUUUUUUUUUUGGA